GGAAAGUCUUGCCGUUACCACGUUGUUUGUCGUGGAUCUAUUCAUAGGGUGUGGCGAUAAGCAAGUGGUGCGCCACAUUUUUUGGCGAUCAGUGCGGGGGUCUGCGCUAGGAGGUUGUCGUGGAGACGAAAGUUAAGCCCCAGCCGUAGGAGAUGAGCAGUUCCACUAUAAGGGUGAGUCUAGACUAGUAACCAAAAGUCGAGGCAACCAAGGUCUAGGGGAUUACGGGCUCGAGACUGAAUCGUGACUAGGAACAAAAUGGGCACUGAAACAGCAAGAAUGAUCUCAAUGUGUAGGAUAAAGGCGGCAUUGUCUAUGUGGCUGGAAACCCCGCACUAGCUACGGGCUAUGCAAGCCACAAGGUUUGUAGCUACAUUAAAUGCAGAUACAUAUUAAUAGGGCCCAAAAAUCAUGAUCUACUCCCUGCAUGUGGGCUAUCAUGAUGUGGAUCUAUCAAGGUUGCACUGUGGGUGUGGCACCCUCUUCUCUCUAUCAUGGAUUCUAGCACAUUGCACGCGUCUAAAGAAGCUCUGGUCGCUUCUUUUAUGACGUCUCUGACGCCAUUACAGGGCAAAUAUAGGGUAGAACAGGGAUUUAACAAGCAUCUAGAUCAAUUGAUGUGAUGUCACUCAACCAGAUUCUUAGAACUUGAAAGCCUCGUGGCGAAAAGGAAAGGCUAGUUGUUAUCAUCGAGGCGGACUUCAUAAGAAGGCGUGGGCUCAUCACCUAACACACUUAUCAUAAAACUUCAACCAAACGCACACAGCUACGAAACAACUACUGUACGAACCUAUUAUACCAUAUACACGCCACAUUACUCAUAGCUACAACAUAACUUAUACUUUGAGCUCUACAUUUAUAAAACAAGUGGCAAACAUGACGGACGUUAAGCAGCACUCGUUCAACCCUUCGCAGAAGUCUGGAUUCGACGGCUCUGUAAAGAACAUACAAAAGAAGACAUCAGAGACUCAAGAGCAAGCACCUAGCGAAGUCGACGAUGUAGAGAGCCGUGCGGGCACAGAGUCUGUGGGAGGCGAGUCGCAGGCCAUACAAGCAGGAAGCGUCGAUAACGAAGGACAUGUUAUUGACGCCGAUGGUCACAUCAUCGGGAACGUCACAGGGGAGAAUGCAUCACAGCUUGAGGGGUCUAUCGUAGAUCAACAGGGUGAUGUGAUAGAUACCGAAGGAAAUGUCAUUGGAAGUGCGGAGCCACAGGAAGCCGGUGAAGCAGAAACCCCCGAGAAAGAUCUUCCGGACGUAUCAAUCCUUGAGGGAAAGAAGGUAAACAAGGGAGGAAACGUCGUUGACGACAGCGGCAAACUAUAUGGACGUAUCGUCGACGGGGAUAUUUCUAAGUUGGUUGGAAAGAAGGUGGAUUCCAGAGGAAAAAUCUGGAACGAUUCAGGAAAAGUCAUUGGAAGCGCGGAAGUGAUACCCAUCGAUGAACGAGAUGAGUCCUCUGGUGCACCCUUCGAAGAUUUUCCCAAUGCCGUCGUCAACAAGGACGGAACCGUCGCCUCGGAUGGCCAGGUAGUUGGGAAGCUCGUUGACGGCGACGCUAAGAAACUCUCUGGCAAGAAGGUCGACAAGGAUGGCGAGGUCAUUGAUAACGUCGGGAACGUUGUAGGAAAGGCUGAGCGAUGGGAAGAAGAAGAUGCCCCUGAGCCAGAAGCGGCCGAUUUAUCUUCUUUAGCUGGCAAGCGAGUGAAUAAGCUAGGUAACGUGGUGGAUGGCACAGGUGCCAUCUAUGGAAGACUCGUUGAAGGCGAUCCCAAGAAGCUCGCAGGGAGGAUGUGCGAUAAGAACGGAGAUGUUAGAGGCGAAGGUGGCGAUGUUGUCGGCCGCGCUGAAUUGGUUCCCGAGAGCGAGCGUGAAGGCAUGAAGCAGGGACCAUUUGCGGACUUCAAUGGCGCAACCGUGAAAAAAGAUGGCAAGGUAGAAGCUAGUGGCACAGUUGUUGGGCGUCUCAUCGAAGGAGACGCAAAGAAGCUGUUUGGAAAGCCGGUGGAUGCCGACGGUGACGUAUUAGACUCCAAUGGCAAUCAGCUGGGGAAAGCUGAGAGAUGGGAGGAACCCGAGAAAGAGAAGUCGAAGCACGCAGCAUCAGGCUUGAAGGUGAACCGCGAAGGGAACGUCGUGGGCGAAAAUGGAGAUACUAUCGCCAAACUGACAGAUGGUGAUGUGAGCCGCUGUGCAGGUAAGGAGAUUGAUGACGAUGGCGAUGUCGUUGAUGGAAAGAACCAACGCAUUGGAUCCGUCACACUCCUCGCAGAUAUUCCAGCCCCUGAGGAGCCCAAGGAAUCACCAGAGGAAGCCGAGAAGCGCAAGCAGACGGAGCAAGACAAAAAGCUCGCCGCUCAGAUGGCCACCUGUGUCCAGCAGUCACUGGACAAGAUCCAGCCAAUCCUCAAGAUGAUCACCGAGGCUAUUGAAUUAGCCGAACGCCAGCCUAAGGAGGAACUUGAUGAGCAGAAACUUGUCGACACUGUCAAGCCACUCCUCGAGCAAGGCGGCGAGAUUUUGCAGGAAGCCAAUGGUGUAAUCCGUGGCCUUGAUCCUGAUGGAAGGAUUCAGGCAAAUGCCAAGCACAAGAGCGCCUCCCGCGAGGCAACACCAGAGGAGCACCGUCUUGCUGAGGUGUUGAAGGAGUUGACUGGCAGCGUGAGCCAGACGAUUGAGGGGGCUAAGAAAAAGGUGGCGGGCAUGCCCCACGCAAAGAAAGAGCUGAACCCACUCUGGGGUCUCCUUGCAGAGCCACUUGGACAAAUCCUUGCUGCCGUUGGAUUACUCCUGUCUGGCGUUCUUGGUCUAGUCGGCAAAUUGCUUUCUGGAUUAGGACUCGGUGGGCUGCUUGACAAUCUUUUGGGCGGACUAGGGAUUAAGGGCAUCCUCGAUGGUCUUGGCCUUGGGUCACUCACGAAGUCGUUGACGGGAAAGAAGUAGAUGCUUCUUGUGUACUUCUUACCAAAUUGCUAGUUUAAUGUAGAAUCUUACGAAUUGUAAUUGUUUGCUACAACGAAA